AUGGUCGCCCCCAACCGGAUUGAUCGUCGAGAUGGGAAGUGGGAUGUCUCGAGUAGCGUCACCUCAUACAUCGACGAUGGCUGCCCGACGGUAUGGCGAGGUUCAGCACCCAACACCGACGAGUCGCGAGGACCACGGGAAGGCGCCAGCAGCAAGCGGCAUGAAAUGGACUCGACACCCCGUAGUGCGACUCGGGUGAAGCCAAUUGAUGGCGAUCUCCUGCAACGGCUCUACAGGGCAACUAUGGAUGAAAAGCGCCGAGCAGCAGAGGAGUCUCGAGUCCGCGAAUCUAGACCAGGCAGCGCCGAAUGGGUGCUGGAAGCCGAACCACAGUCGCUCGAUCGUGACCUCGGAGGCCUUUACAUCCCGCAUCAUCUGAAGCGCCAGGCGGAGGAGGUCAGGCGAGGACAACGCGAAGAAGCUCUUGCUCGAGCCAGAGAGACACCGCACCAUACUACAGCUCAACAACAGACCGAGUCAAUCGAGAAGCUGCCUCAGUCCAAGAAGAAGGCAAACAACCCGUCGAAGAGUGCAAACAAAAGCGCGAGUCCUCGGGACGUUCGAGCUCCUGGGAAACAUGGCCGGAAAGCUCAUGUGGACCUACCGCCAUUGCCUGUCGAGGAGGACAUCCUUGGAGUGAUCGCGGAGGAAGGCGCUACGUUUGCAAUCGAUGAGCAGGGCCAGGAGCCGGUCGCAGAACAAGAAGAGACUGAUCAAGGCCACAAGGAGCCAAAGAAAAGAGGCAAGAAGAAAGGCAAGAAUCAGAAUAAUGCAGGCAAGCAUGCAGCGACCGUUGAGGAUGUAUCGGAGGUUCUGAUGGCUGGCUCACUCGCGGACGAGCAGGAUGAGCCAGUCGUGAUCUCGGAGAACAUCGAAACGUCGCGCAGAUCCGUAAAGGCUUCGAGUGCCAACAUCGUGGCCGCUUUCGACGAGCCACUACGGUCCUCUCACUCGAGGCGACGUGAUCGACGGCGAGCAGUAGACUCGAGGAGCCAAAAGACGACAUCGUCCAGGAGCAAGCCGUCAAGAUCAAGCCCUAGCCCUGCCCUGCACCCGCCCUCCACCAGGGCAACUCCCUUCAAGGUCCAGUCGGCGAAGGCCGAUUCUGUGAUCAGCUUCCAGGAAGUUGGACAAGGGUGGGCUGGAGAACCUUCGCCACGAAUUGGAUCGAGGACUUCGAAGACCGGAUCAAGUGCCAAAGAUGGCGGUAUUCCCGACGUUCCACCAACCAAUUCGGCCAAGGUAUCACAGUCUCCCUCUUCCGUGGCAGGGCACUCCGAAGGAAACCAGUCACAUACACCAGUGAAGGCUGUAGACCUCGAUGUGCGAGACUGGGAAGAGGUGGCCCAGUCUGUAGAAUAUGCAUAUCGGUCAGAAGCACGAGGCGGCUGGGGACAAGAAUCUAGCGACGCGAAUCCCGCACCGUCAAUCCGCAGCCUCGAAGGCGCCGCGACAGAUUGGAAUGAGUCAAAUGCCGAUCUUCCCGCUGAAGGAGCCAGAUUCAGCAUACGCUCACGCCUGGUCUCCAUCCACGGCGGCAAGGCGGUCGCACUUGCCUGGGGAGAGGAGACACUUGGCAGGUCCCGGUCAAACCAAAUUGCAGCAAAGAACCUUUUCAAUAUUCCGAUCUUGCAAGAGCUUGAAUCAACCAAAGCUGCUUCGGCACAAAAUUCUUCGAGGAAAACGUAUGCUGAGGCGAGCUCAGGCAAGCCUUCAAGGCACGAAGAGGAGAGCAGCAGAAGAUCUGGUCGAUCACAUGCCAAUCAGACACCCGAUUAUGAACAGGCACAUCAUGCAUCUCGUUCAGCGUCAGCACAUGAGAUGGUAGACAUUGGCAGUGGAUGGUACCAGGCGACUCCAGAGGUCGGCCGAUCCUUCAUUCCUCGAAGCCGUUCGCAGUCUCGUGUACGAACGAAACGUAGCUAUCGAAGCGGUCAGGCUGGCGAGAGUGAGGUCCGAACAAGAACGGCGAGCAGACACUCUCACAGUCGUUCAUUCUUUGCAACAAAGCAGAACAGCUUACACAGUACUCGCGAUGCUCAUGAAAGUGGUCGCGACGAUCAGUCACGAUCAGCAGCCUCCACCCAGCCAUCUGUUCAUGACUGGGCAAUUGAAAGCCAUAAGUCGGGAAAUGUCGAAGGGAGGAACACAACACCGAACACAGAGUCGAAGCAGGCAUCUGUAAGCUCUGGAUAUGGGUGGGAGGAUGAGUAUCAGUCGAGACAGCGAUCUGCAGUUAGGUCAGAAGAAAGAGGCUCUUUGAGGUACUCUGCUGCUCCGGGCCGCCGUUCGCCAUCAGAGCCGAUCUAUGAUUACGACGAACCCCAAGUAGAAGUGGGCGAGAAGGUUUGGUCUGGCACUGGGACUGAGCAAGCGAUAUCGCACAGCUCGCAACCUCAUGACCCUCGGGAGCAUCCAACUAUCUUCGCGGGUAAAGGGUGGAUUUCGCCGCACCCGCUCAGCCAAGAGCCCUCAGAGAUAGCGUCACCACCACAGUCUAAAAUUGUUCUCCCGGAAGAAGCGUACCCACAAGGCGCAACCAUGUCCUACGAGGAAUGGCAGGCAUUGCAGGAACGUGGUAUGAGAUCGCACCGAAACAUUUCUCAGACUGAAAGUGAUCAGACCAGGAGGGCGAGACGCCACCACAAUCGAUACAAGUUCGCUGGCUGGGGAGCACAAUCUUCUGAUGGGCAAAGAUUCGAGCAUGAGAGCUCGAGGAACUCCACGUUGGAUCGAUCUCGGUCACACAGAUCUGGCUCAGGUCGCAGCGGCCUUGGUAACAACUAUCACGCCCCGACUGUUACCAGCGAGCGUAGCAGCGAGGCUCUCUUCUCGGAUGAACGACCGCGAACCACCACAAGCUAUAUGCUGAAAGAUGAUCGCAGCAUCACUCCGGCUCGAAGCAAGCUCACGAUUGCUCUGAAGGAACCCAUAGCUCACGUCACAACUCUCACCGCAGCUCCAGACCUAACGACUCUAGACAAUCCACCGAACGACACAGCUCGCACCGGCAAUCCCAUCGCAGCUCCGGAGGUGACGACUCCAGACAAUCCACCGAACGACACAGCUCGCACCGGCAAUCCCAUCGCAGCUCCGGAGGUGACGACUCCAGACAACCCACCGAACGACACAGUUCUCACCAGCAUUCCCACCGCAGCUCUAGGCAUGAGUCCGAUCACACGUCCAGGCAUAGCUCAUACCGGCGCAGCUCAGACCGGCACAGCUCAAAUCGGACCAACUCGGAUGACAAUACUUCAGGCCGACACUCCAGGCGCACCUCUGGUCGUGAGUCCAGACAUGACUCAAGCGUGCAAGAGCAGGAGUGGCAAGUCAUGGAAGAGGGAAGAAACGUCCGGAGCGAAGUUUCCGAAUAUAACGGCACAGCAUCUCACGACGCUGAAGGACAAGAGUUCCAGACACGGAGCCAAGUCUCUCGUACAGCUACGUCACAGCUGUACUUGA